AUGGCUUCUGCUCUGAACGAGAGAAGGGAACCAGAAUGGAAGAAAGCGUGGCCAGGAAACACUUUGUUAUCUUUUCCUCCUCUGCCAGUACUCGCCCUAGUUGGCAUAGUGGUGUUCUGGCUAUGGUUAUCAUCACAGUUGAACAACAACUACUUAGCCAUGCAGAUCGCCACGACCAACGUGACCUUGUUCCUCUUGUUUUUGCCUCUGGUGUUGACCCUCAUUGCCCAAGGAACACGCCUCGUGCUUCCUGCACCAAGUGUGAUGCCUUUGCAUGAUGAAGAUGUGGAGUCAGAAUCAUCAUCAAUGCCGUGGGGAUGGGUCAUCUCUGUUCUCAUGCUCUUGGUUUUAAUAUCCUACCGACUUCACCCUGUCUUCGUAGUUGCAGUAGUGUUUUUAUAUGUGUAUUUAUUAUCAGCGUAA